AUGUCCCGUCUUCAAUUGGUGCAGGAACAACACCCCAUCUCCCUCGUGUACGAGGACAAGCAUUGGCAGAAAACCAUUCGCUACUUCCUCACCCGCCACGGCCAGCACAUCACCUCCCUCGACCUCAUCUUCACAGACGUGCAGCAGCUCCGCUCCCUCCGCCCCUUGAUCGCUCGCUGCAGCCCCUCCCUCUCCUCCUUCAGCAUCAAGCUGCGAGGCUUUGUAGAUUGCGAUGACGAGCAGGAGUAUAAAGACUGGACUCUCAGCUUCCUGAAAAACUGCUCGCACCUGCAGCAGCUCAAGCUCGGCCGGGGCAUGUGGAACCUCGAUAAGAGCUGUGCGAAUGCUGCGUGGCUGAAAUCAAUCCGCUGUCUGACUCUCAAACAGGUGGAUACCAACCACAUCAACUUUAAGUAUCUGGAUUCCAUCACACCGCAGCUGCAAGAAUUCACGCUCUACCAGCACUGGCACCUCUCGCGCGGACCACUCUUUGGCACCCACGAGAUGAAAUUCUCAUUCCCCAAUGCCCGCCUCCUCCGCUUCCGCUUCGCCAGCAAUGAGCUCAAGCUCAAUCUCACCGUCUCCAAGGCUCUCAAGACUCUAUCGGUGAUGGCCAAGUGGCUCGUGCUCUCCUGCAAGAGCACCGCCCCUCUCGCUCUCGACCACCUCUCACUGUAUGGCCAGGAGCGGCUUGUCAUCUCCUCCUUCCGCAUCGCGUCUGCGCGAGCCGUGUACCUCAACGGCCCUGCAACCGACAAGGGCAGCAACCGUCCUAGAAUGUCCUACCAGCUGCCGCCUUCCUUCCAGCACGCUCCCCGCGGCAGUUCCGGAUUUUCCUGGACCAAAUGGCUGCGCUCUAUAGCGGGAAGCGUGGAGGUGCUUAUAGUGAGGCAUGGGAUUCCGAUCGAGGAGGUGGGUUUGGUGUGGAGGAAGCUUCGCAGCCUUGGGAUUGUCAUGCAUGCGAAGGGGGAGCAUACUAAGGAGUGGGAGGCGACGGUGGAGAAUCACAAGGCGUUCACCGAUGAUGGGGAGUAUGAUGAUGAUUUGGAUGAAGAUGGCUUCGGUUGUGAUUCUGAUGAGGAUAACGAGGAAGAGGACGACUCUUAUGAGGAUGAGGAUGAGGAGGAUGAGGAUGAUUAUGUAUAUGGUGGAAGGGGUUAUGGUGGGAGGGCUUAUGGUGGAAGAGGGGGAAGAGGCCGGAAGUCUGCGCAUAAGAAGAAGAAAGAGAAGGUCUGUGCCAAGCCGCCGUCCAUCGGCGCUCCGAAUUUGCGGUUCCUCUUCUUCCCAUCCAGCAAGGCGUGUGACGCCGCCACACUGGCUGCACUGGGGCAGGACUACCCCGCCCUGGCGCUCUACUGUGUGGUGGACCGCUCCUUCUACUGGGAGAGGAAGGGAGCGCGCAUCAAGAAUGGGCCGCUGGAGCAUCGGAGGCGGGCCAAGAGCGGGGUGCUGCGGGAGGAGUUUGAUGAGGAGAAGAAGCCGAAGAAUGUGAGGGAGAAGAUGUACAGUGUGAACAGGAAGCUGGUGGAGGGGUACAGUGUUGAGGAGGAUGAGGCGCAUAUGUUUAAGUACAAGGGAAGGUUCUAG